AGGUAGCAGAGGAAAGGAAAGAGACAAUUUAAUAAAUUCACGGGCAUUUUCUCUUUGUUAGUAACUGCACAGUGCAGAGAAGCAGUGUCUGUGAUCCAACGCCCCUUCACCUCUUUUUCUUCAACUACCACAUUUAAAUCCUUUUUCCUAAUUCAACUUCAUCCUUGGAAUAAUCUGUUUAUUGAUGUGGGAUCUGACCUAGUAGUAGCAGCAGCAGCUACUAUCAUAAGUGAAGAGGAGCGAGCAGUUAUUGUGUUUGUUCCUUUUUUCUUCAUUUCCACUUCCAUACACAAGUUGAAGUCUUAAUCCAUUUGUCUUGUAGAUUUGAAGCAACAUCCCGUAGCUACUUGGACAUGCCUCCAGACAGCCUGAGAUCAGCCGUGUACAGAUCCUUUAUAACCUGUGAUGAUCCCAAAGGUGUUGUGGAAUGUAGCACAAUCAGAAAAUCACACAUGGAAAAAAAUACGCCUUGUUCAUCACACAAGGAUGAAGGAAGACAAACAGUCAAUCACACAUCUUCCUUCCACCUAAUGGAGGUGUCCAGGGAAGCUCAAAAGCUGAACCAAGUGAUCGACUCAUGGUCUAAGGGUAUGACCAUAGAAAGGCAUUCGAAUGAUAUCGCUAAAGAUUUGUUGAAAGGAGCCCUUGAAUUACAGGAAUCACUUGUGAUGCUAGGAAAGCUGCAACAUAUAGCAAAGUUGAAGAAGAAAUAUAAGCAUGAACUUGAUGGAAUACCCAUCCAAAGAACCAAGUCUGAAAGGAUUUCAGAACACAGGUUAAACAGGUUUGAGUUUCAAAAACCAAGAUUUUCUGUUGAUGGGGAUUGUUUUGAUGAGCUUAGGGAAGUCAUAAGAGAUAACUUUGCUAGACAACCAAAUUCUGCUUUACAGUUUCAAACAAAUAGUGAAAAGGCAUCUGUUGGUACAAGGAUUAAAUCAUCACAUGUCCCAUCCACUAGUUCAAGCCACUCCUCCAUUGUUCAAUCCCAACAAGUUUCCCCGCCACUGGACGGGCCAAAUUUAAUUGCCAGACUGAUGGGUCUUGAAGAGAUUCCUAGCAAGUCCCAACACCAAACUACCCACAAGGUUGUCAAGCAGAUGAGACCUAUAUUUGAAAUAGAUUUGCCAAAAGCAAAGAAGCCAACAUUCAUCAGUCAUAAGGUGGAUCCAAAACGAAAAACAUUUGAUGAAAUAAUUGAAACCAUGUAUUUCAAGGGGCUUUUGAGAAGCAAGUCUACACAUAAGUUUGUUGAUUCUCCACCCAUUGUGAUCAUGAAGCCUUUAUAUGAACAAAAUCCAUCAGACUCUAGAAACAAAUGUGAAGAAAUUUCACCUGAUGAUCACAAGGGAGCAUCCAUAUAUAGGAAAACGCAGGCAGGAAAAGAUCAUAAUAAUAGAUUCAGCAAAGAAAGAGGUGAAGCACCUUCAAAAUCAAAGACUCUUCAAGUUUUGAUUCAGCCUAAUACAAAGAUUAUAGCUUCUUCUCCUGGAAAGCACCGUGGUGAAGCAAAUGCAAAAUCAAAAACAUUGGAUUUCGUGAGUCAAGAAAAACAGCAUAAUAAAAACAUUAGAGCUUCUUCUCCAGGCAAGGAUCUUGGUGAAGCACCUGCAAACUCAAAGACGCUUAAACUUCUUCUUCAAGAAAAAUAUCCUAAUGCAAUGAUCAAAGCUUCUUCUCAUCGCAAGUAUCUUGGUGACGCAACAGUUAAAGUUUUCAUUCAGGAAAAACAGCCUAAUACAAGGACUAGAGCUUCUUCUCCUGAAAAGACUCCGCAAACAAAGAAAGAACCAAUUGGAAAAAGAGAGGACGGGACUCAACGAGUAGCUCCUGCUAUCAGAAACUCUAAAGAAAUGAAAAAUGCCAAAAUAGACGACAGUGCUAAAUUUCAGGACCAAAGCAAGAUGAGCACUCUGAAAGUGAGAAAACCAGAGAGAAAGCCAUUGGCUGCACAAGCAAAAAGUACUAUAUAUGAUCUUAAGCGUAUCACAACCACUGCAUCUCAUAACUCCAUUAAGAGGAAGAAGAAUGUUAAAGCUAACAAGCCCAUCAAGAGUACCCCCAUUGCUACAGUUGCCGAUAUAAAACACAAGGAUGAAAGUAAAGAAAUGGUGCAGGCAGAAGAUAAAGACACAGAUAGAGCCAUAACCAAUGUUACAUCCUCAGAAGAGCUUCAGUUAGAAAAAAGGGCUAAUAUCUUUGAGGAUCUUGUCACCGAUAAUGCUGUCAAUGGUGAAAAUGUCCCUUGUGAAUCCAGCGUUCUAUCAACCUAUUGUCUCGGUGACAUCAAAUUAGUGGAGCAGAUUAACUGUAACAUCAAUCUAGACUUCACUGAGAAUGUAAACUUCAAUUCCGGAGCAACUACAAGGUAUUUACUUUUGAGCAGUGAAUCGUUCCUCUGUCAGUCCAAGGAGCUUUUUGAAACAGAUGUGUGGGAACCAACUGUAUGGCAGACAACUAGCGUAGAUCAUGAAAUUGCUGAUAGCACACUCUUACUUGAUUGUGCAAAUGAGUUAUUAGAAAAUAAAAGGUCCCAAUGUGCACUGGCAGUUAAUCCGUUAUCAAUGAAGGCCAUUAAGAUGAGAAAAUUUUAUGUAUCCUUUGAAAAGUUGGUGAAAGAAAUUUGUGAUGGGAUUGAAGUUCUGCGAAGUUACAACAAGGUAGCUGGCAAGAACCUUUCAGCUGAUGCUCUUUAUCCACUGCUAGAAAGAGAUCUAUGGUGCAAGGGGGUUGCCGGCAGUGCAUGGGAUCUGGCCUGGAGAACUGGAUUAACUAAAAAUGAAGUUGAACAAGUGCUAAAUGACAUAGAGAAGUAUCUUUUAGCUGCAUUUAUUGAUGAUUUGUUGACGGACUUCAUGCUAUAGCACUAGUACGUAUUCAGGUCGGCCAUUUAGGAACUUGACUUAUAUAAUAUGUAAAGUUUGAGAAACUUUAAAGUUGUCUCUGUGUGAUCUAUUGGUCAUGGGUUCGAGCCACGGAAGCAGCCAGUGUAGGUCUACAUCACACCCCUUGGGUUGCGGCCAUCCCUGGACCCUGCUAAGGCAGAAUGCUUUGUGCACUGAACUGCCCUGCCCUGCCCCGUCCCGUCCUGCCCCACUUAUAUAAUUUGUAAAUAAUAAUCCAAUAGAGGAGUUGAAAAAGGGUUUUAAGAAGCUGAGGAGUUGAAGGUACUAGAUUAAAUUACGUUUCAAUGCUGAGUUGAUAUUAUAUUUGUACAUUUCUUGCUGAUAUAGUUAUGUAAAUGUAGUGAAUCUAGAUAUGAUUUGUUCUAUUGCAAUUUUGAAACUUGAUCA